AUGGCUUCUUCCGAUGCCCCAACGUUCGUGGGAGGAAGGAGGACAGCGGGCGCAGCCGGUGGGUCCAACAUGUCAAAGAAAGCGUCGGCCACGGGGAGUAGAAUCAUGGGCGGCUUCGGUGCACCACCCCCUGGGGCGUCGUCUUCCCCACCUGCGUUUGUCGGAGGGGGCGAAAGCGGAGUUGGUGCAGCGGGUGUAUCCAAGGGAAAGAGAGCGCCUACUACGGGGAGUAUUCUCCUUGGCGGCUUAGGAGGCGGAAGCGGAUUUGGUGCAGGGGGUGUAUCCAAAUCAAAGAAGGCGUUCGCCGCCGGGCGAAGUAGAAUUAUGGGCGGCUUCGGUGACCCGCCCCCUGAGGCAUCUUGUUCCCCACCUGCGUUCGUUGCAGGAGGUGGAAGCGGAGGUGGUGCAGGAGGUGCGUCCAAAUCGAAGAAGGCGACUACCACCGGGCGAAGCACAAUUAUGGGCAGUUUCGGUGACCCACCUCCUGAGGCAUCUUCUUCCCCACCUGCGUUUGCCGGAGGAGGCGGAAGCAGUCUUGCUUCGGGCCUGGACGCUGUUGAUGCUGCUGCCAAGGCUCGUAGAGCCCAAAGAUUUGCCGGUGCAGGCGGCGGUGGCGGCGGCAGCGGCAGGAGUGGCGGCGGCGGGGGUGGUAGUACCAAAGGUGGUGGCGUCAACAGCAGUAGCGUGGCUGGGAACAGCGGCGGUGGAGGAUCUGCCGAAGACGUCCAGAGAGGGAGCCACCUGGAUGAUGCAAAGAUUAAGCAGGGGACAGUGGAGGCGAUGUGUCCGCCCGAGGAGAUGUCGCGCCGCGUGCCCGGGGACCUUCACAUUCUUGAAAAGGAGCACCCGGAUUUCUUCAUGCCCGACCUGGGGGACGGCGGGCCGCCAAGGCUCUGGUUGCACGACGACCUCGUGGUGAAGAGGCACCAGCGCGCGGCGGCGGGGAUGGACAUCAGCAAGCCGGAGCUGCUGCGCACGCCGCUCUGGCUGGCGCGCACGGUGGACCACCUCGUCAUGAUUUGCAUGGACAAGGGGCCUCACGGCGGAGGAGACCCGGCGUUGGUGUGGGACGACCCCCGAAUCCAGGAGUACAUGGCCAAGUUUCGGGCGAACAACCCGUCGCGGGCAGACUCUGCGGAGGAAGAGACGGAACACGAUCUGUACAAUUUCGUGUGGGACCGGUUCCGGAUGGUCAGAUCUGACUACAACAUGCAGGGCUAUAACCCUGUGGUUGGACUCGUGUCCGAGGCUAGCAUCGUGGCACAUGAGCGUAUGGCAAGAUGGUACGUUCUGAUGGCCAAUCGCAUGGAGAAGAACAGCAUGCAGACCCACCGCUUCAACCUCAAGUCCAUCGUCGAGACCCUGAAGAAACUUUACGAGUUCUACACCAUUCGCGUCUCUCGCGGAGAGGUCAGCGGAGGUCUCGCCAGCCCCAACGAGCCAGAGAUCAUGGCGUACUACCUGCUGACGGUGCUCGAGCAAGACGGUGGUAUUGAGGUGCAGCGGUUGGUCAAGGACCUGGUCAGGAGCCGGCGCGAGGAGGUGCUCGAUUCUCCGGAGAUCAGAGGGGCCCUGAAGGUCGUGCGAGCGUGGCAUGCCGGGGACUACGUCACGUUCUUCCGGGCGUUUCGGCAGCAGGGGGUGAUGCACCGGUGCCUCAUGUCCCAGUAUGUCAAGCCUAUGCGCGACUCGGCGAUCAAAGUGAUUGCCCAGUCGUUCGCCGACUUCUCCACUUCGGAGCUGAUGCGACUGCUGUGCUUUGAGAGCGAAGACCAGGCCGUCGACUUUCUGAUGGUGUACAGCUUGAAGGUGUCACGUGCUGGUCAGGUGCACCUUAGGACGAGGGACCAAAAUGGCAGGUGGACGAUGGCUUUCAAGCACCCGGCGGCUAUGCCAGAACCUCCGCCGUUGCAAGACCUCGUGGAGCCCAAGCCCUGGCGCCUUGCGUCCGAGGAUGCUCCCAGCACUGGCUCAGGUACCGGAAAGGCUGCAGGGAGCACUUUUCCGCCGUUUGGGGCGCCCGGUACGAAGGUCACAGAAGCUUCUUCGAACAAGCCCUUGCCGGGCCAGCCAGCCACCACGACGCAGCAGGGCGCUUCUGUCUCUUCACUGGCAACGUCCUCUCCCGCGACACCGCUCGCCGCGGUUGGUGGUUUCGUGUUCGCGCCGCAUAGUCCCGCGCCGUCCUCGAAGUCUAACGCACAGGAUGCUCCGGCAGGUAAAGGUCCGAAUUCGGGUGCGCCGACGCCGCCAUUGGCAUUCCCACCGCUUGAUAGUACCAUCGGUGCAAAGCUUGGCAGUGUGGCUGGAGACUCAUCGACGGUGGCUACGGGAAAAGACGCCCUUCUCCCAUCUGAUUCGGCGGGGGGCACGCAGGGUGGUCAGGGCCCGGGCGCGGGCGUUGCGACGGGAGGGUCGGUUGCGGCGUCCAUCGCGUCCGCUUCCACCUUCGCCCCUACCCCCGCUCCAACCCCUCCGCAGACCGGUGGCUCAACACCCGCGGCCGUAGCUGCAGCGGCGCCUGGCAAACGUAGAAAGUCGCCUGUCUCGCCUCCGAGCGGGUUGGUCGGAAACGCCCCGCCCACGGGGGACGGGCUUAACGUCCCGCACCCGGCAUCUCGUGACCAGGCGAAGAGAGAUCGGAAGACGCCCACAACCACUAUACCGGCUGGCGCCUCACCAGCGGAGGGCGCAGCGGCAAAUGCCGCUUUGGCGGCUGCCCAGCAGGCGGCGCGGGAGGACGCAAAGCGGGCGAUGGAUGAUCGGCAGCGGCGAGAGAAAGCGGAGGCGGAGGAAGCGAGACGAAAGGAACUGGCCGCUGCGAGACAAAGGGCGGCGCAAGCGGCAGCGGCGGCAGCGGAGGAAGCGAAGCGGGUGCGUGAUGCCGAAAGCCGCGCGGAGCGUGCGCUGGCGGCGGGGAGACUUGUUCCGUCGGAUGUGGUCGAUAAGCUGCCGGACGGCCGGCUUCGACGGUCAGCUUUACAACACCGGAAAAAGUCGGGAUUACGCCUUGCUCAGCUGGAAAUCGCCGUCUUGCGCCGUAGGCGGUCUGCGGCCUGGGGAGUGUGGUUAGAGGAGACGAGAUCUUGCGUGGAAGAACAGCGUUUGAUGGAGCUCCGCAACCGACGCUUCGAAGAGCGAAGUGCCCUGACCGAGGAGGCUUCCAUCCUCAGGAAAACCAAGAAGCGUCGCUCCCGGUCCUUCAACGAUUCGGGUAGUGGCGUACCAGGCAAGGCGAAGGCCGAGGCGGUGGCAACAGCAGCAGCGGAUACGGAAGCGAAGCGACACGACGUAUCCCGAAGCGGGGAGCUUCGCAAGCCCCGACCGCUUGACGUUGCCGCCGUCGUGUCGCCAGGGGUCGCCAAGAACCAGGGAGAAGAAACCGAGGAAGCGUUCAGAGCGGUGGGACUGACGACGGUUUGGAGGCCUGUCACCAAGGCCAGAGAGCGGAGCAGCUCUCCCGACAAUUCCUUGCUGCUACCGGUGGGAGGGUUGUCCCCCUCUCCGCCCCACUUGUUCUGGAAGGCGGUGGUGGUAGCACCAUCUCAUACGAGAGGGAACGUGGGGGCGUGGCUCGAGGCCAAGUUCGGCGGCAGCGCAGCAGGUGGGGGCGCGGAGGGGAUGUCGGCGUACCGAAGGGAGCUAGUGUCUCACGGGUUGUGCCCCGAGCUGGACAAGGGGGUGGUGUCAGGCGCCGAGGACGAAGAGGAAAGUUCGUGCGGGAGUUCGGGCACCUCGAGGCUCAUGUUCCGGGAGCUAAGGGAGUUGCGGACGACCACUCCGGCUCGAUCGGAGAAGAGCAGCGCGCCUCCCCAGUGGAUUCACCUUUGCGUGCAGCGCGUUAGCAUCCACGAGGGGUGCCGCCUUGAGCCGUCGUCGCAAUUGUCGGAAAAGCUAAAGGCGGCGAGCGUGGUGAUCUUCGCGGCAACACCGAGGGACCAAGAACGCUUCUUCUGGUCACCAUUGCACCCAAAGCCGGACUGGUCCCAGGCCAAAGCAGAGCUUCGCCUCGCGCUCGAGUCGGCGUCGCCGCGCGGUGGCGGUACAGCAAGCGUCGGGGUGCCAGUUCUGGUCGUUAUCCCGGUGAAGGACUCGGUCUUGCAACGAGACGCCGGUUGCGCUAACCCGGCCGCUUUCGAUCGCACACGCGAGAGAAUUCUGGAGGACGCGUGGGAAGGGCUGGGGCUGCGAGAGGUGGCUCAGUACGGCUGCAGCUUCCGGGUGGCGCUAGUAGGACUGCACGAGUUCGAGAGCAGGUCGAAGGCGGCUGCAGCUAGGGGGGCGGGUGUGGUGUUUGCGGGCAGUCUGGAGGACGCUUGCUCGGAGGACGUCGCAGGGAAGCUGGCGGAACUUGCAGAACGGGCCCCUAGGCAUCCUUUGGUGGCCACCCGCUGCCUUCAAGAACUGCUCAACACUGCCGUGUCCCGGGCCACUACGGACGACCGCUACGCCGACGCCGUCGGCCUCCCUCUGCCUCCGUCCCGCUACGAAGACCCCCCACUGGGCUGUGUUGUCGAGGCAGCGAAUCGCGCGACGGAGCACGUGUGCCACCUGCUCGUACGCAGGAGCAGCGCCUGGCCGAUUGCAGAGUUUGCCGCGACGGCGACUGUCGUGCACGGGCGCCAACGGAGAGAGAUGAUGUAUGUUCCAGGAGCGGCGCGGGCCGCUGGGGGAGAAAUCGCCGGGUCGCCUCUUGACGCGCCUGACUGCGCCACCCACGUUGAGCCCAGCGACGCGGGUAGGUUGAAAACCGCCUUGGAAGCCUCGGGCGCCCUGCCUCUCGACUGGGAGACGGUACUGCCAUCGUUCGGUAUGCCGAGCCGCACGAACCCUGGCUUUGCCGGAGGGGCGGACGUCGUUUUGCGAGCCGCUUUUCUGCCCCCCAUCCCUCCGAAGCUCGCGGAGGCGUUCAGUCCAAACGUCUUGGCGGGGCGGGAAGGCGCGCGUCCCCUGGGACCGGAGGUGGCGUGGAACCGGGUGGAGGAGCUAGAGACGUAUCUCGGGAGAGGGUUGAUGGCGCAGGAGUUGCGCUUUCGACUUGCGGAAGCAUUGGCAGGCGGAGUCAUGAUGAAGGGUCCCCCCCCGCCGUGGCGUACGCUGGUGCGGGAUGCGAUCGCGAGGAGAGUGGUGCUGGCGAGAUCCGGGGAGGGUGCGGGAUUGCGCCCCCUUGUUGUUCACUUCAUCGCAUCUUUCGGCCAGGAUCGCUUGGAGGGAGAGACGGGCCGUGGUGCGGUACCGAGGUUGCUGGAGGCUGAGAUUUUCGGAGGGCCAUCGCUUGGGUCGAACGCGGUGGUGGCGAACGAAGAGCGGGUGUUGGCCCCUUCUCGCGACCCGACAGGCAACACGGAAAUCGUCGGAGCGCGGGCCUCGGCCACGCUCAAGCGCAUGGCGCCGCUCCUCGUAGAUUCCAGACCGGACGGCGCCAAGCACCGUAGGACGAGCUCAUGCUCGACUCCAAACGGGAGUGACAGGAAUUCCUCUCGCCGUCGCUUCUUCGGCAGCAGCAGCGGUAGCCGGAGCACGACGCUCAAGUUCGAUGACGGCGACGACGUUGACCGGCUGCUGAGCGAGGGAUUUGAGGGUAUCGCUCUCGAGACGGAGGAGAUCAAGAUAUCGCGAGAACGCGCCGCUUCGUUCGCUGCCGCUGACCGGGACCUGGACACCGCGUUUCUGGCGUCAAUCGGUGUUUCAUUGGCUGGAUCUGGUGGCGGUGGCAGAGGUGGUGGCGCACUCCCGCCAUUUGAUCUCAACCGGGUGACCGCGCUUCCUCGCGGCUUGACAAAACAAGAAAAGGCAAGAACGGACGCCGAAAAGCAAGCAUACGAGGCUAGACAGCGCCAGGCCGCAGCGACUCUCUCAGCCGCCGAUUACAAGUGUUGGGAGAUUCGGGAAGAGCUGGGCGGGUACCGGAGGCAGGAAGAGAAGAUACGGGCGCAGAUUCUCGACGGAGAUCCCUUGGUGCCGCUGUACGACGAAUCAGGCGGUGGCGUAGAUCGGGCAGGAUUGGGGGCUUCGCCUUUUUAGUUGUGUGGUACCGUUCACCUUGAUGUUAUUGAGACAAGCGAUUCGAUGGGCACCGAGUAUGGCGAGCCUG